GUGGCGGCCCGCUACAUGGCGCUGAAGGGCCGGAAGGGGCCGGUGGGCAUGCCGCGGGGCGCCAGCUGCGACCGCUUCAUGUGCGCUCAGCAGGGGUCCGAGUGCGACAUCUGGGAUGGGCAGCCGGUGUGCAAGUGCCGGGAUCGCUGCGAGAAGGAGCCGCACUUCACCUGCGCCUCGGACGGCCUCACCUACUACAACAAGUGCUACAUGGACGCGGAGGCGUGCACCAAGGGUAUCACCCUGACCGUGGUCACCUGCACCCACCGCUUCGGCAGCCUCAGCACCAGCGCGCCGUCGCCGCUCCCGCACACCACCCCGCGCCCCACCACGGUGAGCGCGCUCACCACGGCGCAGGGCGUGCUCGCACCCGCGCUCCUCUCCACGCCCGUGCCCCAGUCCAUCUACGUGGGCGGCACCGCCAGCUUCCUGUGCGACGUCAGCGGGCGCCCGCGGCCCGACAUCACGUGGGAGCGGCGGCUCGAGGGCGGGCCCCACGUGGUGCUGCGACCCAAUCACGUGCGCGGCAACAUGGUGGUGACCAACAUCGGCCAGCUCGUCAUCUACAACGCGCAGCUGCAGGACGCGGGCACCUACACGUGCACGGCGCGCAACGCGGGCGGCGCCGUGAGCGCGCACUUCCCCUUCUCAGUCAUCAGGCGCGAGGCGCUGGUGCCCGACGGCGGCCACACCAACAGCAGCAGUGGGGGAGGUGGGAGCGCGGGAGCAGGUGGCGUGGGCGCGCAUCCUGCCCGUGAGUGCUUGCGGCGGCCCGAGCGCCUGCCCUGCGGUCCCGGGAGCGCGCAGCAUGUCCGCUGGUUCUACGAUGCUAAAAAGAACAACUGCUUCACCUUCACCACCUGUGGGGGUGGGAACGGGAGCAGGAACGCCGACCAGGACAGGGCUGGGGAAGGAGGUGGAGACGGGGAGGGCGAUCUCGGCCACUUCGGCAGCUACGAGGCAUGCAUGGGCAGCUGCAUGGACGAACCGGUGAACAUCUGCAGCCUGCCGGCUCUGCAGGGCAGCUGCAAGGUGUGGGAGCCCCGCUGGGCGUACAGCAGCCUUCACCGGCAAUGCCAGUCCUUCAUCUACGGUGGCUGUGGCGGCAACGAAAACAACUUCGAGAGCCGGGAGACGUGCGAGGAGAUCUGCCCUUACCCUCGGAACCAGCACUGCAAACCCUGCAAGCCUCGCUUCAAGAUCGUCACCAGCUACUGCAAGAGCGACUACGUGAUCGUGGGGCGUGUCACCGAGCUGGCCGAGGAGACCGACUCCGGACGCGCGCUCUUCACCGUCGACCGGGUACUCAAGGACGAGAAGAUGGGGCUGCAGUUCUUCGGCAGCGAGGUGCUGGAGAUCACGCUGCUGAAUAUGGACUGGAACUGUCCCUGUCCCAACAUGACCAGCGACGAGGGGCCGCUCAUCGUCAUGGGCGACGUGCACAACGGCAUGGCUACCCUGCAGCCCUACAGCUUUGUCCGUCCCCUGAGCGACAAGCGCAUCAAGAAGCUGGCCGAAGUCAAGGAGAAGAAGACAUGUGACCUGCUGAGGGAGCUGACCGGACUGCAGUAG